CAUAAUCUUAUUAUCCGGCAUAAACUCCCCAAUCGGCCCUUCCCUACUGUCCUUUCCCCCAGUACUGUAGAAGCCAAAUCUCGCCGCUGCAAAACCAGCGCAUAAUUCUCAUCUGAGCGGCGAAGUUUUUCCACUUUCAAUGGACUCCCAAUGGCUAUUUCUAUGAGAAAUCUUGAAAAAGCUGCAAUCUUUAAACCUUCUCCACACUUAAUUCGACAGCUCAACUUCAAUGGCCAACUCCUCAAAAUCGCCGCCACCCAGUUGGAUGAUGAACAAGCCACAAGGCUACGAGGAAGAGUUGGAGAACAACAGCAAGUGUUCCUUCUUGUUGGUAGCUCUUUGCCCUUGUCUCGUUUGUUUCAUUAUCAUACUAAUUGCAGUAUUCAUCUUUCUCAUUGUCAAGUUUCAUCUUUUUUGCCACACCCCACUUCACUCUCUACUUUUCAAGAAAAGUUGUCAUUGACUAAUGCCGGAAAGAUUUGGCCACUUUUGCCAAAAGGAUGUUCUUAUAUUGCCAAUAUUCAUCCAAAUGUUCUGAGUUCAAAGUUGGAUUGUAGGCAAUUCAGUACAUCUAUUUUGCCACGCCCCACUUCCCUCUCUACUUUUCAACAAAAGUUGUCAUUUAGUAAUCCCAGAAAGAUUUGGCCUUUUUGGUCCAAAGGAUGUUAUUAUUUUACUGGUGUUCAUCCAAAUGUGAAGUUUUUGAGGUUGAGUUGUAGGGGAUUUUGUACUUAUGUAGAUAAUGAUGGUGAAUUAGAAAGUGAUAAUGAUGUUGAGAGUGAGAGUGAUGAGAGGGUGGAGUCGAAGGCGGAUCCUAAAGAGGUGGAUAGGGUGUGUAAGGUUAUUGAUGAGUUGUUCUCAUUGGAUCGGAAUAUGGAGGCUGUUUUGGAUGAAUGUGGGAUCAACUUGAGCCAUGAUUUGGUGGUGGACGUGUUAGAGAGGUUCAAGCAUGCUAGAAAACCAGCAUUCAGAUUCUUUUGUUGGGCGGCUCAGAGGCCAGGUUAUGCUCACGAUUCAAGAACGUAUAAUGCAAUGAUGGCAAUACUUGGAAAGACGAGGCAGUUUGAGACCAUGGUCUCGGUUCUUGAAGAAAUGGGGGAGAAAGGUUUGCUUACGAUGGAGACAUUUUUGAUCUCCAUGAAAGCAUUUGCUGCAGCAAAAGAGCGGAAGAAAGCUAUUGGGAUUUUUGAGUUGAUGAAGAAAUACAAGUUUAAAGUUGGGGUGGAAACUAUCAAUUGUUUACUUGAUGCCCUGGGAAGGGCAAAGCUUGGGAAAGAAGCACAGUUAUUGUUUGAGAAAUUGGAGCAUAGAUUUACACCAAAUAUACAAACAUAUACAGUUUUGCUCAAUGGUUGGUGUAGAGUAAAGAAUCUGAUGGAUGCUGGUAAAGUAUGGAAUGAGAUGAUUGAUAAGGGAUUUAAGCCUGAUAUUGUCGCCCAUAACACAAUGCUGGAGGGGCUGUUUAAGUGUAAAAAAAGGUCUGAUGCGAUCAAGCUGUUUGAGGUUAUGAAAGCCAAGGGUCCAUCACCCAAUGCAAGAAGUUAUACAAUCUUGAUCCGAGAUUUGUGUAAGCAGGGGAAGAUGGAUGAAGCCAUUGACUACUUUGAGGAAAUGCUUAGUUCCGGAAGUGAGGCAGAUGCUGCAAUUUUUACCUGUUUGGUGACAGGCUUUGGAAAUCAAAGGAAGAUGGAUAAAGUCUUUGCAUUGCUGAAGGAGAUGAAGGAAAAAGGAUGCCCACCUGAUGCACGACUGUAUAAUGCGCUGAUCAAAUUAAUGAUAAAUCGACGAAUGCCAGAUGAUGCAGUUAUUUUAUAUAAAAAGAUGAUCCGGAAUGGAAUUCGACCAACUAUUCACACUUACAAUAUGUUGAUGAAAUCAUUCUUCAUGACGAAGAACUAUGACAUGGGUCAUGCAACUUGGGAGGAGAUGAGUCUGAGGGGUUGUUGUCCUGAUGAAAAUUCUUACACUGUUUACAUUGGAGGGCUUAUAGGGCAAGGGCGAUCUAUGGAGGCUUGUAAGUACUUGGAGGAAAUGAUAGACAAAGGCAUGAAAGCACCUCAACUUGACUACAACAAAUUCGCGGCUGAUUUUUCUCGGGCUGGUAGGCCUGAUAUACUGGAUGAGUUGGCUAAGAGGAUGAAGUUCUCUGGAAAGUUUGAGGUCUCAAGUCUCUUUGCUAGGUGGGCUGAGAUGAUGAAGAGUAGAGUAAAGCGCAGGGAUCCCAGCUGAUGGGACUGUAAAUCCCUCUUGUAAUAGAACAUCUUGUUUUUUGUAUGUUUACCUAGUUAUUCAUUUGUUCUUUUGGCAUUCAUUAGGCUUCCUGGUAAUUUAAGUUUCCUCAUCUCAUGUAUUCUUUCCUCACAUUAGUGAUUUUCUUUUUCCUUAUAAAA